AAAGGAAAUUAGCAUUGAGGAGAUUGAAUCAGUUAUGGAAGAGAAUAUCAAGGGACACACACCUUUAAUAAUCCAGCUAAUAAAAAUUAUUACUAAUAUAUUUAUCCAGUUCAUUCGUUAUAUAAGUAUAUCAAGGGACAAUCAAUUAAAGAGUUAUAUCAGAAUUUCAUGAAGGAGUAUUUGGAUUUGGACCACAUAGAAAAGGUGCAAGAGCCUUCUGGUGAUCAGGUAGCAAACCCCGUAUGUUAUUACCUUCUGCAUCAUGGUGUGUUUAGACCAGACAAAACCACUACAAGGUUAAGGGUAGUCUUCAACGCAUCUGCUCCCACAACUUCUGGACUGAGCCUAAAUAAUCAUCUCUUGAAAGGUGAAGAAAAGGAAGAUGUUUUCAAGAUUAUGACAAGAUUUCAAAAAUACAAGUAUGCAUUUACAGCAGCUAUCCAGAAAAUGUUUCGUCAAAUUCUAAUUGAGCCUUCGCAACGAGAUCUCUUAAGAAUUGUUUGGAAGAACGAGGAAGAUGAAAUGCCAGUCACCUACAGACUGAAAACUGACUUACGGGACCGCCAGUGUUCCCUUUCUUGUGGUGAGAACUCUUAAGCAGUUGGCUCACGAUGAAGAAGCAAGCUAUCCUCUGGCCUCUAAAACCAUAUUAUGAGAUGUCUACAUGGAUGACAUCGUAUCAGGUGAGCAAGAUUUCGAUGCUGCCCUCGAACUACAAUCUCAGUUGUGCAAUAUGUU